AUGGAAGUGGCCGAGCGCUUGGGUCUAGAAGAUAGCACGACUUGGAAGGAUUUGGAUGGUAACAACAGGCCAUUUAGAUCUUUUGAGGUGUGGCAAAACAUUCGUUCUCGGAAACAACCGGUAAUGUGGGUCAACGCGGUUUGGUUUAGCCAAUGUAUUCCAAGGCAUUCUUUUCACCUAUGGCUGGUUAUCAAGAAUAAACUCAAGACUCAGGAUAGGUUAGCAGUUUGGGAGGCGGGAAGUGAAACCAAUCUGAGGCUUAUGUGUUGUCCGCUAUGCAUGACAGACAGAGAUUCCAGAGACCAUCUUUUUUUUAGGUGCUCCUUUGCUCAGCAAGUAUGGUUAACGGUCAGAUCUAUGGUGAACAUGGAGGACAUUGAUGGGUCGUGGCAAUCUAUCUUGGGUUGGUUGGAUCUAAAUGCGAGUUCGAAAAAGACGGAAUAUAUAAUAGGGAAGCUAGUCAUUGCGGCUUCUACUUAUUUUAUAUGGCAGGAGCGGAACAAUAGGUUGUUCUCCAACAACAAGGCAAGUGCGGAGGUCGUAUCGGAGAAGAUCAAGGGAAUUGUUAGGCUACGGCUGAUGGGGUUCAAGCUCAAAAGUGGUGCGACUAAUCAGAGAUGGCUGAAGAAGUGGAACAUUGUUUCUAGUGAAGCCGAGAUCGAUCCAGGCUAG